UCUGUUGUGUUGCUGAUAAAGAGUCAUGGCUGCCCACCUCUCGUACGGUAGAGUCAAUUUAAACAUAUUAAGAGAAGCAGCACGAAAAGAGCUUCGAGAGUUUUUGGACAAAUGUGCGGGAAGCAAGGCCAUAGUUUGGGAUGAGUAUCUGACCGGACCUUUUGGAUUGAUAGCUCAGUACUCCCUACUGAAGGAACAUGAAGUGGAAAAGAUGUUCACCCUCAAGAGUGGCAGGCUCCCCUCUGCUGACGUCAAAAAUAUCAUCUUCUUUGUUCGUCCCAGACUGGAGCUCAUGGACAUCAUUGCUGAGAAUGUAUUCAGUGAGGACAAGCUGCAUUCGUCCAGAGACUUCCACAUUUUGUUUGUGCCUCGGCGGAGCCUGCUGUGUGAACAGCGGCUGAAGGAGCAGGGCGUGUUGGCCUCUUUCAUCAACAUUGAUGAGUACAUCCUGGACCUGAUCCCCUAUGAUGGCGACCUGCUCUCCAUGGAGUAUGAAAGUGCUUUCAGGGAGUGCUACUUAGAAAAUGACCAAACAAGCCUUUACCACACAGCCAAAGGCCUCAUGACCUUACAGGCACUGUAUGGUACCAUUCCACAGAUAUAUGGGAAAGGAGAAUGUGCACGGCAUGUUGCCAACAUGAUGCUGAGGAUGAAGAGGGAGUUUGCUGGCAGUCAGAAUCAGAUCCUGCCCGUGUUCGAUACGCUGCUCCUCCUGGACCGUAAUGUCGACCUGCUCACCCCCCUGGCCACACAGCUCACAUACGAGGGCCUCAUUGACGAGAUCUAUGGAAUCACUAACGGUUAUGUCAAGUUACCUCCUGAGAAGUUUGCGCAGAAGAAGCAGGGCGAGGCGAGUAAAGAUUUACCCACAGAGCCCAAGAAGUUACAGCUCAACUCGGCAGAGGAGCUGUACGCAGAAAUACGGGACAAAAAUUUCAACGCUGUCGGAGCAGCGCUCAGCAAGAAGGCCAAAAUAAUUUCAGCAGCCUUUGAGGAGCGCCAUAAUGCUAAAACAGUGGGAGAGAUAAAGCAGUUUGUGUCUCAGUUGCCUCACAUGCAGGCAGCUCGGAGCUCACUGGCCAACCACACUUCUAUAGCAGAGCUGAUCAAGGACAUUACAACAUCUGAGGCCUUCUUUGAUAAUCUAACAGUGGAACAGGAGUUUAUGACCGGAGUCGACACAGACAAGGUGAACACAUAUAUAGAGGACUGCAUUGCCCAAAAGGAUCCACUGAUCAAGAUUCUGCGCCUGGUGUGUAUGCAGUCAGUCUGCAACAAUGGUCUCAAGCAGAAGGUGUUCGACUACUACAAGAGGGAGAUUCUCCAGACCUAUGGUUAUGAACACAUUCUAACACUGAACAACCUGGAGAAGGGGGGUCUUUUGAAGCUACAGACAAGCUCAAGGAACAACUACCCCACCAUCAGAAAAACCCUCAAGCUGUGGAUGGAGGAUGCCAAUGAACAGAACCCAAACGACAUCUCCUAUGUGUACAGUGGCUACGCGCCACUAAGCAUCCGCCUGACCCAGGUCUUGGCCAGGCCCGGGUGGCGUAGCAUCGAAGAGGUGCUGAAGAUGCUCCCAGGCCCACACUUUGAGGAGAGACAGCAGCUGCCUGCCGGGCUUCACAAGAAACGUCAGCAGGGGGAGAAUCGGACAACAUUGGUGUUCUUCCUCGGCGGGGUGUCGUACGCCGAAAUAGCCGCUCUUCGUUUCCUCUCUCAAAUGGAAGACAGCGGGAUGGAGUAUAUCAUAGCAACCACAAAACUCAUAAACGGUACAACUUGGAUCAAAUCCCUCAUGGACCGGCCUGAAUCCCAGACCCCCUGAGUCACCUGCACGUACACCUGGCCACAUCAAACACCCCAUCCAUCCAUUAGAAAACCUCAGCUGCUGUUUUUUUUAUGUUCAUGUCAGUGUACUGCAGGUGUUUCAUUGAUGUCUGCGCAGCAACAGGCUCUUUAAAGGUGCCCUGUGGAGUUUUCUUUUCUUCGUUCAGUGUUGCAGACCAAAAUGCUUUGUGUGUGUCCUUGAGUCCUUAAAAACAUGUUUAAUGUAUUUUGUUCUUUACAACAUUUGCAAAGCUGAUUUACUGAAUAUUUUAAAUCAUGCAUUGUUAUAGCCAUGUUUACUUGCUUGUUCUUUCCUACAAUUUUUCAUCUGCUGCCACCACCAAUAUGAAGAUCAGUGUAAGAGUGCGAAGCCGGCAGUAGGAAUGUGCAUGAUACAAACAAAAUGGUGACACACUUGUUAACACAUUGCUCCAUAGUGCCUCUAGUGGUCAUAAACUCCACAGGGCACCUUUAAUUUCUCCUAGUCCGUAGUUUGCACCCAGACAAUAUAAUAUACAUCUGGUUUAAUGCUAACUGUACACCCAUUUGUCCUCUGACUACAUGUCAAUCAUGACGUCAUUGCUCUACUAUGAAGCAACUGUAAAUAUGUAUGUAUGAUUAAAAUCUUUGGGAUGUUUGAGAUGAUGUCAUGUAUAAGAUGAUUAAUUUUUGAAGGCUUUUGCUGGCAUAAAAAUACAUAAUAAAGUCUUAACUGAGA